AAUAUCGAUACGAUAUUUUUAUGAACAAACACAAAAAUAAACAAAGCAAACAUAACCUAAAAAAACAAACAAAUCAAACAUUUUCUUUUAGUAUCUGUUUACUGGCCUUACUACAAACACUUGAUAAAACCACACCAACUUGAAUUUCUUAUCAAAUUUUCUCAGUUAUAUCAUUCGGACCUUCUGAAGUCAUGGCUGAGGCUCUGCCAGAAAUGCCAGAAUCCGCAGAAGCUCUCUCUGAGUCUGAGUUUAGCUCAGACAGUGAGGAGGAACCUGAAGUUCCUGAAGAUAUUGUGCCACCCAAUGAACGAUACAAAUAUUUCCGUUGGGGUUCCAUCCCAGAAGAAAAUUCUUCAGAAUAUGAAUAUGUCUUACCCGAUGUUUCAGAGGACAUUAAACAAAGCAUGCAGGCAGACUGUCUUGAUAAGUAUCCGGAUGAAGCCGAUGUAGUGCAAAUAAUAGAAACAACUUUGCCUCCACUGGAUCCAUUGAUAAUGUACUCGAUUCAAUUGCACAAAUGGAUGAAAAAUAUGACAGAGACCAUACAUUUAACAGAAAUUGCUAAUGAAGGAAAUCUUGUGAUGGCUGAAGAUGCGAAGGUUCCUAUUCCAGAAAUGCCAGAAGUUAAAUUUAUGAGUCAUCAACAUCAGUGGAGUUUUAUGCCUAGAUUACCUCUCAAAGUAGCACGAAUAGAAUUAGAUAUUCCAGAAUUGAGUGAUGCUAUGGUUAAACAGAUGUUACCAAAAUCCAUUGCAGUAAUGCUGGCUCAUAUUGGAUUUGAGGAGACCAAUAAAAGUAUUCUUGACAUAUUGGUUGACGUUUUGGAACAAUUUCUUUUAAAAAUUUCCAACAGAUUUGUAGAGGCCUUAAAUGAAGAGGAAAGUCUUGGCACUACCGGAUUUCCUAACAUUAUAGAAAGAGUCCUUGUAGAAAUCGGAUUUGGUGGCUGCAAAGGUUUACAGGAUUACUACCAAACCAGAGUUAUUAAAUAUAUGAAAGUGUUACAAAAUCGAUGUCAAGAAUUAGAUAAUCAUUACUCGUCGUUGGUACUAAAGAAAAGUGAUUCUCCUGUAGGAGAAUUUGGAACGUGGUUUAAUAUAAAAGUGAAAAAGGAAGAUAGAAAAGAAGGCGAGGAAGGUGGUUAUGGUGAAUCUGAUCUUAUUACUACAGAAUAUCAGCUAUUGAGUAAUUUGGAAUGUACUGACAUGUUUAUGAUGGAUACUGUCCCUGAGUUGCCUUACUCUCAUUGAUUUUUAUUAGUAAUUGUUUUACUCUACAUAGUUUUUGAUUCCUUAGCUUUAAAGAUAAUAGUAUAUUACAAUCCGAGACGGGAAAUGCUUCAUUACUGGUCGAGAGGUUUUAUAGCUUAUCGAGACGCGUAGCGUCGAGAUAAACUGAACCUCGAGACAGCAAUGAAGUUUCCCGUCGAGGUUUGUAUACUAUUUUAUUUUUAACCAUAAUUUCUUGAAAAAAAAAAAUUCGGGGCAACCAAAUGAGGUCGGCAAAUGAAGAAGAAAAUGAGAACGGGAAAUAUUUCCCUGCUCCAUUUUCCGUCCGUGGACGGGAAAUGAGGACGGAAAAAAUUUCCCGUCCUGGGACAGGUAAUGGAGCAGGAAAAUGAAAAGACAGAAAUGUGACAUUUUCAAAUUUUUGAAAAGUCAGUAAUGACAACAUUUCAUAUAUGGUUAAAAAUAAUAGCUAUUUAUAGAACAAGUACAUAAAGUAAGGCUUUAUUGUACGAAUAAUUUCAUGGCCGAGCGAGCUUGCGAGCGAGGCUAUUAAAUAAUGAGUCAAUAAAGCCUGUUUAUGUAAGCGUUAUAUACAUGAUUUUAUGUACGAUUGCGACUGAUUUUUGUUAAAAAUUAAAAAAAUUUAAUGAAAAAAGUAAAAUUCGCGUAAGGUCCGUUUCACCAGGGUUCAUACUUGACCUUGAAACUUGAAAAAAAAGGGUUGUCGUAGAUCGAUUCAUAUGACACAUGCUUCUGUUGCUGCCUUUAAGAGGAGAUUGCAACCGCUGCUUGCUGGUUAGUUUUUUAAAAAUGAGUAGUAUGUUUUUUGGUUAGGUAUUAACUUGGGGAAGAACAGGAUGUGAUUGUUAGUGCUUAGAUUUAGUUAUUGUCAAACUAUUUAUUGUAAAUUGUUUUACGAUUGUUUUUGUAAAUUGGCCUUGCCGUUAAUAAUAAUAAUAAUAAUAAUUUUUUUGACAAAUUAAAAUGAAUGACUUUUGGUUAAGAACCGACAAACGUUUUUGACGUCAGUGAUUUAUUUCAGUCAAUUUUUAUUUGUUAAACAAGGAAGGUAAAUGCUGGUGGCAAGUACAAACCCUGGCGAAACAAACUUUAGGUAUAUCUGUUUCACCUUGGCAGGUUGUCAGGACUAAAGAUAAGGGAUACAAAACUCUCUCGAACCUAUAAUAUAGAUAGGCAACUCAAUACAAACAUUUUGUUCCUGAUUACAGCGCCCUCUCGCGUGUGUAGUCAGCACCUUGAGAGCGCGGGAAGCGCUCCUUUUCAAAUUAAAUUUUUUUAUUUUAGUAUCCGUUUAUCAUUUUUAUUGCCACUACCACUAAACAAUUUUAUAUGUUUCUAGUGGAAAUAAAAUUAUGAUAAAUAGUCUCUUGAUCACAUACCGAAGAGUAACAUACUAAUUAAUCCAUGUAUUAAAUACAAAAAUAACAAUUUUGAAUUACUUUAUUACCUAUACAGUAUGAUAUCGAUACAAUCAAUAAUAGUUACCUACAAUCAAUAAGAUUUUUUGAUUGUGAACGUUUUGCAGGCAUAAAAUAAACACCUAAAUAGAAAGAAAAGUUACAGUCGUAAAAUUACAGGAGGUAAAAUCCCGAUUUCGGUAUAAUGUAGGGAUUGAAACAUACCUGCUCAUCAUUUUUGGACAUUCGAUGCAUUUUUACUUUGUUCCCGCGGGUUUCACACAUUGCCACACAACAAGAAAAAACCAUUUUGCUUUGAACGGAAAAAAUUUUCAAUCUCUGAUUAAAAUUAUUGAAUAAAAAUGAAAUAUGUCAAAAUUUGUCAAAAUAUGAUGAAAAAGUAAAAGUGGAGCGACGCUGCCAUAUGUCAUUUGUUUUGGAAAAGAAAUGUAAUUUCAAAUCGUACUACUGGCAAUUAUAUGUUAGCGAGGUACACGACUUUUUUUUCCAUUGUUGGAAGCUUUUUAAAACAAAUAAACAAUAAUCUGUACUUUUUAUGUAUAAAUCUGACAACAGCAUUGGACGACAGCGCCUCUGCCGUCUGUAGUCGCAAGCUUUUAGCGGAACAAAUUGCGCCAUAAGAGUUGCACAUGCAUGGUCAGGACCUGUUUCACCUUGGCAAGUUGUCAGGACCUGUUUCACCUUGUCAGGUUGUCCAGGUAGGCAAUAAAGUAGCACUUUAUUUUACUAGUAAAAUAAAGUAGCACUUUAUUUUACUAGUACAAUAAAGUGCUACUUUA